AUGGUGCCCACUCAAAUCUGGCCGAUUCCAGAGUUCACACGCGUGUGCCUGCUGCGCCAUCACACCCCUCACAUAGAAGGAGAGAUAAAAACUGUGGGGAAAGUGAAAAGGCAGUUAAGUUGUGGCAUCAGAGCACAGGAAACGCGUGACUCUCAGAAUGUGAUCCCGGAGAAAGCCGGCAGCCGGCAGCCCUGUUUUGAACUGAAGGCCCAGGGGCUCUGA